AUGAAUGACAACGCGACAGCUGCUAAACAGGGCGAAUUCCCCACGGCACAACUCUUCUUGCUUGCGCUGUGCCGAAUUGCAGAGCCCGUGGCGCUUACGUCGGUCUUUCCCUAUGCCUACGAUUUCAUGCAGUAUUUGCUGGGCGCCAAGACGUCAAAUGCUGCCUUUUAUGCCGGCGUAUUCAUUGCAGUGUUCUCGCUCGCCGAAUCCUUAACUGGCUUUUGGUGGGGAGCUCUUUCAGAUCGCGUCGGAAGAAAGCCUGUCCUGCUGCUUGGCUGUGGAGGAACUAUGAUUUCUUUGUUCGUCCUGGGCUUCUCGUCGAACAUAUGGAUGGCCGUGCUGGGGAGAGCACUCGGUGGUGCCCUGAAUGGCAAUAUCGGAGUUGUUCAAACUAUGGUCGGGGAAAUGGUCACACGUCCGGAGCAUGAACCCCGAGCGUAUGCCGUGAUGCCCUUCUUUUUCAGUAUCGGAUGCACACUAGGACCCGCCAUUGGAGGCUUUUUUGCCAGCCCAGCAGAGAGUGAGCUCCCUCUGUUUGGGAAAAGUCGACUUUUUCAGCAGUUUCCUUACCUUUUGCCAAAUCUCAUUUGCGCUGGAAUGGUCUUCCUGACGAUGCUCUUUGCCUCGGUGGCCUUGAAAGAAACACAUCCCAAUCUGCGGCACCGAAAGACAAAGUACGUUUUCUGGGAGCAUCGCCAUGAUGAGUCUAGCGAGACACCACUUCUUUACCCAGUUAGCUCUGAGGUGGAAGAACCGUCAUAUGGGGCGACCAGCACCGGGGAGGAAGAACCACACCCUAUUCCAGCUAGUUUUAAUCCAUUUAGAGGACUUGGGAUAAACGUGUGGAUGCUAGUGGCUGCAAUUUGCUUGCUCAGCAGUCAUACUGUUACCUAUAUCCAGCUUCUUCCUAUUUUUCUUCGAGACCCGCCCGACACCAGCGUUCCGCCGCACUAUAUGGGUGGAGUUGGUGGUCUCGGUAUGAGUCUAACACAAGUUGGACUUGUAAUGGGACUCAACGGUAUUAUCGGGUUAGUAGUUCAACUACUUUUCCCUUUUUUUACGGAACGUGUCGGCAUCCAAUCGACCCUCCUGCUGGUGACCACACUGCACCCUAUUUCAUACUUUUGCGUACCCUACCUGGCAUUCAUUCCUACAAGCACAUGGCGAACGAUCGGCCUCUAUACCUGGUUGACGAUGCGAAACGUCUUCUCAACCUUUACCUACCCAAUUCUUUUGAUAUACAUCAAACGGUGGACCCCAGAUACUCUUAUGCUUGGCCGCGUGAAUGGACUGGUUGCAAGUGCUGGGGCAGCAUGCCGUACAGUUUCACCGGCAGCGGCUGGCUUACUACAGACUAUCGGUCAACAUCAUCAUUUCAGUGCUUUGGCAUGGUGGGGAUCAGGAAUAGUAGCUCUGGUUGCUGCUGUACAGUGCUGGUUUAUCAACACUCCACCUGAGGAGGACAAUGAAUAA